UCUUCCUUUCUUCAUCCUCACAUUGUCACUCACAUUGUCAUCUAAGUUAGAGACCAAAGGGUAUGAGGAGCAUCAUUCUUGCAUUGCUGGUUUUGUUGGGCUUCUUUUGUGAACUCAGUCAAGUCAAGGCCUUUAAGGCUUCUAGUUGGAGCAACGGCCAUGCCACCUUCUAUGGUGGUAGCGACGCCUUCGGAACAAUGGGUGGGUCUUGUGGCUAUGGUAACCUGUACUCGACUGGUUAUGGGUCUAGGACUGCAGCUUUAAGCAAUGCCUUGUUCAACGACGGUGCCUCUUGUGGGCAGUGCUUCCGGGUCGUAUGUGACUACAAAUCAGACUCUAAGUGGUGCAUAAAGGGUAGAUCGGUGACCGUCACCGCCACCAAUUAUUGCCCGCCGAAUUAUGAUGAGACAAGUGACAAUGGUGGCUGGUGCAAUCCUCCUUUGAAGCAUUUUGACAUGGCUCAGCCUGCUUGGGUGAAGAUUGGGAUCUACAAAGGAGGCAUUAUACCUAUUCUCUACCAAAGGGUUCCAUGCAAGAAACAUGGUGGAGUGAGGUUCACUAUCAAUGGAAAGAACUACUUUGAACUGGUUUUGAUACACAAUGUGGGAGGGAGUGGAGCAGUGAAAGCUUCUUGGAUCAAAGGUUCGCAAACCUCCGGAUGGAAGACGAUGUCAAGGAACUGGGGGGCUAAUUGGCAGUCCAAUGCCUAUCUCAGUGGUCAGUCUCUCUCCUUCAAGGUCACUACUGAUGAUGGAGUUACUCUUAUCUUCCCAGACAUAGUUCCAUCCAAUUGGGAAUUUGGUCAGACCUUCUCAAGCAAAGUACAAUUCUAAGCUUAAACAAGAGGCUUGGAGAUCAGUUUUGGCAGAGGCUUGCUUGUUAUUUUACUAAAGCAGCCCGCUUCCUCUUUACUUUUUGCUGUUGUUGCAUGCUAGGCUUAGGGUUGAACACCCCUCAAUGAAACCUAAGGAGUCCCUAACUUGACAGUAAAAUUGGAGUCAUUUAGUCAUGAAAUUUAGAACAUAAUUGUAGAUUCUCCAUUACUAUACCUCCCCCCC